CGAACUAUAGCCACAUGCGCCUGCUGUUUCUUGCCUUCAUCCUGUCAUGCACACGGACAAUAGCAUCAGGUGAGCCUUAUACGGCAACAGAGCCGACGCAGCACCAUCAGAUCUUUCGUCUUUUGCUCAUGUGCAGGACUGAUCAGCACCGCUCCGUCCAUCCCUCAGGUGACCGCCACGUGCGCCCAGGUGGAGUUCCAGUACCGCGGUGACCGGGAUAGCCUCACCAACACGUACCUCCCGCCAUCCAGGCUGCACAUCUAUGCCAGAGCCAUCGGCAAGGGCAUCCCCCCGGACGCAUGGGUGCAGUGGGGCGCCGCGGGAGCCAUCACACCCGUGCCAAACAAAAAGUACGCACAAGGAAAGAAUGGGCGGGCUUUGAUUUGUUGAUGGUCAUUGCUGCGGUUGUGUAUGGUGUGUGCAGUGGAUUCUUCCGGACGUUGCUGCGCGGUCUUCCUCCAGGGACUGAGUUUGCGGUCAAGCUGACUGCAGACGAUGAUCCGGUGACGCAGCGAUUCAGCCCGCCCAGCAAAGCCGUCAAAACACUGGAGGAGGCGCUGAGUACGAACGAAGAUGGAAUGGAUGUCAGGUAUCCAUCCAUGGGCGGAUGGCUUCUGCGCUGUGUGUAUGCCUGUCAGACCCGCCUCCUUCACAUACAGUGAAGGUCCAUCGCACCGACCCCAGGCUGAACAAACAGAGAGUGGUGGGCAAAUGCGUGUAUCGUAUCGCGGCGCCCUUCCCAUCAGCUUCUGUGCUUUGGUUGGUCAGCAUCCGACUGGGGCUCAGUCUGUCUGUGUGGAUGUGCACUGGCACCAUCCCCACCUCCCCAGUGACUUCUCCAACAGCCCCUUUGAUACGUUCUUCACUGGUGGGUAAGCCACCAGCUGCUGAGGCAGGAGAGCGGGAUUCCGCCUCUGCUUUUGUGUGUGUCCCUCUAUCUGUCCAGUGUCUGCCAAGUACCGUGACGAGCCUCCAUGGGCUAUCUGCGAAGACUAUCGUGCUGAAGACUACACAAUCAAGGUGACGCCUGCAUCCAUCAUACAUGGACGUCAGUGCCGUUGGCAUCUUCGUUAUGGUACCUCUUUACCACUCAGCGUAAUUGCGGGCAUCCCGUGUACUCGUCCCUCCAGUACUAUCACCCGUGGAGGUCAGGGAGACCCACACAGACCACCCAUGCCAUCUCGGCUGAGGUUCUUGACGCAUGCUCUUGCCAGGCCAGCAUCGGCGUAUCAUACGGUGUGCGGUCUUCGAGAUGGCCACAACAUCACAUUCGAAGUGGCGACAUACAAGUAAGACGCAGAGACGGAUGGAUGGAUGGAGAUAGUGAGGGAGAUAGUGAGGGAGAUAGGGGGGGAGAUAGGGGGGAGGGCGGGAAAGACAUUCCAAAAGCCAGAGGGAGAAGGUGUCUCUUCCCUGCUAUGUGUGUCAGUUGCGACGGUCCCGGCCCGUUGACAGAGAUGACGGCCCCUCUGCCGCCAAAAGGUGCGCACCAGCCUUCAAUACACAGGCCGGCGUGUGUGUCGAUAUAUGUAUGCUGAUCUUUUCUCAGCCCCUGACGUAGUGCGCCGCAUUCAUGUCCGCGAUCGCACCAUCUACCUCGACUGGGUGCCGCAGCAUAGCCCAUGGAUCAGCGGCUACGCCAUCUACCUGGUGGGUGGGCAAGGAGAGGGGACACAAGGGGUACCCACACACACACACACACGGAGAUGACAUGUGUGGGGGUAUGGUGUUGUGCAGGGUUUAUCGGGCAUGGAUGCGAUGAAGCUGCUGUGUUAUGUGCCGCUGCACGAGGGCGGGUCUGUGGACCUGCCUUUGAUACCCCUCGACAUGAAGAAGACACUCGUCAUACAGGACAGACUGCCGGUAAGCGACAAAUGCAAUGCAUGACCAUCAUGGAUGGCCAUUCUUUGUCCGUGUGUCUGUUUGUCUGUCAGCUGGGAUGGGACGCCUGCAAUGACACGCGCACCAUCAAGCAGCAGCAGGAGAUCGGCGUGUCCGCCAGACUCAUCUAUGGAAGUAACCCACUGGGACGACACGAGGAUGUCUGUGCCUUUCUGUGCCGCCGUGCAGGCGAGUCCCCCCUGUCUCGCGCGCCGCUGAAUGGCUGGAUCGUCGAUGAGGACAAACUGAGAAUGAAACAGAGGAAAAGUACGGACUCACGUGUGUGGAUGUGUGUGUGUGUGUGUGUGUGGAUGUGUGUGGAUGUGUGUGUGUGGGUCUGUCGGUGAUUUCUCUGUGCUGUGUUCAGAUCGAGGCGAGUGGAGGUGUUGGCGGCACAUUCCGCCUCCAACACCCCUCAAUUCAUGACUCGAUGCGGCCAUGCAGAUGUGUGUGUCCGUGUCAGUGAGUGUGCCUGAAGACUAUUCAUUUUUCAUUGAACGAAAAGGUGG